UAAAAGACUGAAACAGAGUUCAGGCGAUUGGAUGCGGAAGUUGCUGUGGUGAGCACAUGGGUGUGGCUGAGUUAACCAUUUUCCUGUUUGCCUUUCAAAASUGAUCUGCAGGGUGGAUGAUGAGGCAUCCCAGGAAACAAGCACCUUACAGGAUGGAAGCCAAGAUUUGCAUCACCUCAUUAAUAUAUCUCCUGUUUGUUGUGUUUAAAGUGUCAUGGGCUCAGGAGCCCACAUCUGCAUAUCAAACAACGCCUCGAAGCRUCAGAGCGACAGAUCUAACUACGACUUUCCCGGGGGAAAAAGACAAAAGCAGCUUCACCAAAGUUGUCAACUCUUCUCUAGAAAAUCCCCCCAUCAAGCUGACCACAAACCAACUCAAUGCAAGCGGCUCAGUCAGCUCCACCCAAUCCGGUUUCACUCGGGGGGUGUCAACAAAGGCCAAAUCAUCCCCAGUGACAUUGUCCCCAUCCACAACAACAAAAACCACCAAAGUCAGAGAAACUCCUGCCUGGGAUCCAAAGUGGGACAAAGACUUCACCUAUGAUUAUGAGUCCCUGCGAUAUGCUGGUCUGAUCAUCGCUGCCGUGCUCUUCGUCAUGGGGAUCGUGAUCAUUAGCUGUGGCAAAGUCUGCCGGCUGCCAAAGUGUCGCAAGAAGUCAUCGAAGACGUAUCAAGUGGUCCAAGGAUAAAAAAGAAACAACCUGCAUUUGGUGACAACUGCACGGAUUCUGAGAAAUCAGGAAAAAAACACUUCACUCACACCUGGCAGCAUGUGUGUGUGUGUGUGUGUGUGUGUGUGUGUGUGUGUGUGNGUGUGUGUGUGUGUGUGUGUGUGUGUGUGUGUGUGUGUGUGGACUGCCGGACUGAGAUGCUGCUAGGUGACUGGAAGAAAAUAUCUUUGAGUAAACAGAAACGACGCACGACAAGUGGAAACAAAAAUUACUUGCUUUGUACAACAUUUUCUUCUGUAUAAUAAACUUCACCUAAAAGCUCA